AGGAGUCAAUAAAGUAACGCGAGAACAAAUCAAAAGCUGAGAUUACAAAUCACUAUCGCGAUACUCAGAUGUCAUACGAUGAUUGUCUCUGCGCAACACCGCAUGAAAUCGAUCACACCCCAAGUCUCUUGACCAAGAACGUACGCAAAAAUCCAUAUAUAGACAUCCGUAGCCACACCCGCGGGGCGUUUCGCGUUUGACGCGACUCGUGUUUACAUGCUGUUUUGGGCGUCACUGGCAGCAUGGCACUGAGUCACAAGCAGAAGGGUGAUGUGGCGCGAGGGCACAAGGGUUCUUGGCGAGGAUAUUUGAACAAGAGACGAUCAUUUAAAUACCUUCACGGACAAACAGGCUAUGCCGGGGUCUAGAUACGUCAAUGUGGAGGGCUGGAGCAGCAAGCAGGUAGCUAGCUGGCUGAGAGAACAAGGAUUUCGUGAAUAUGUGGAUCUCCUGUGCUCCAAGCAUCGUUUGGAUGGAGCAAGCCUCCUGUGUCUCAGUGAGGCUGACUUGCGGUCUCCCCCGCUGGAAAUUAAGGUGCUGGGUGACAUUAAAAGAUUGAUGCUGGCCCUGCGAAGACUACAGAGGCAACAUGCAGCCCUCACGCACUCGGGGUCAGAGGUCAGCACAUUGUCGCCUAUGCACACUGGUGCCGUAUGUAAUGGCUUUGCUGAAGGAGGUAGAAGAGACUAUCAACACUCUAACGGGGUCAGGUCGAUAACCACGGUUGGUGAUGAACAUAGCACCGGUUACUCGAAUGGGAAGCGUAAGCAGAAUGGCGUUCGGCUGGACCCGGAGUAUUGGAAGACUGCACUCAGUACUCUCUACGCUAUGCUGGUGUGCGGUGUGACAUCAUUUGUUAUGGUGCUCGUGCACGAGAGAGUUCCAGACAUGCGGACGUACCCGCCACUUCCAGACAUUUUUCUGGACAGUGUACCCAGAAUUCCCUGGGCCUUUGCCAUGGCUGAAGCAUGUGGCGUGGUGUUGGGUUUCUUAUUGCUGUUGGUGUUGUUGAUGCACAAACACAGGUCUAUUCUGUUUCGCAGGUUGUGUAGUUUGAUGGGGACGGUUUUUUUGCUUCGCUGUGUCACGAUGUUUGUCACAUCACUGUCUGUACCUGGUCAUCAUCUGCAGUGUUCAGGCAAGGUGUAUGGUGAUACCUGGGCAAAAGUGCAGCGUGCGCUGGACAUCUGGACUGGGUUUGGCAUGUCUUUAACUGGUGUACAUACAUGUGGAGAUUACAUGUUCAGUGGACACACUGUUGUUCUCACCAUGCUCAACUUUUUUGUCACCGAAUAUACACCACAUAACUGGAACUUCAUCCACACCAUGUCUUGGGUCUUGAAUCUCUUUGGAAUCUUCUUCAUCUUGGCGGCACACGAACAUUACUCCAUCGACGUCUUCAUUGCGUUUUACAUCACCACCAGACUGUUCCUGUACUACCACACGCUGGCCAACACACAGGCCUAUCAUCACAGUCGCAGAGCGCGUAUCUGGUUCCCUCUCUUCUCUUUCUUCGAGUGCAAUGUGACCGGAACGGUUCCAAACGAGUACUGCUGGCCUUUCUCCAAACCUGCUUUUAUGAAGAUCUUUAUAGGAUAGAUCAUCUUUAUGGGUUCUGUUUUUGAUCUUUGGAUUUUGGGGGAAAAUAUUUAUUUAUUUAUUGCACUUGUUCACUUGUUUGAAACCCCUAUCGGCAAUUACACCGUAAAUCGGAAAUUUUGGUUUUUUGGUGGCUUGAACUUGUUUUUGACCAUGUCUGCCUGUUUACUAGUCUAUAAAGCAUUUGGACUACUUAAUUUAGCAAUAUUAAAGUUUUCUUUGACUUCUUUAAAGCAGAUUCCAGAAGUCAGUCAUUAAAGUGCACAACAUCAGAAUUAUGUCAAACGGUUAAAUACAGUAUCUCAUAUAUAAACCUUUGCAGUAUAAGAUACAAAUGUUGGGGAGGAAAAGAUACAAAUGUUGGUUUAAUCAUCGUUUAAUUAUUUUAUACUAAUACCUCAGUAUUAAUUGCUCUAUGGUGCCAUUUAUUAGGUCUGGAUACUUAAUAGUUCAAACUAAAUGUCUUUUUAUAAGAUAGUAUUUGAUAUAAUAUUUGUUUUACUAAUUUUGACAUGUUGCUACUAACAGUUUGCAUUUUUAUAUGCUGUAAAACUUUUUUUCCUGUGAUUCCAGAAAGAGAUUUAAAUUUGUAAAUGUUUUGCCAAAAUCUGCACUAGUAUUACUGUUAAUAGCCAAUAUUUAAUGCCUUUAUUAAAAGGAAGUUGCAGCAUUUUUUUACCAUAAGAUUAAUGUUUUUCAAAACACUGCUGUAUGUGUACAUGAAAUGUAAUUAAAGUUUUAAAUAGUUUAGAAAAUCGUAAGAUUAUUUGACUGGAAUAAUAAAAGUUUAUAAGCAAGCACUUUCGUUUGUGCGUGAUGUACUGUAAAAGUAUAUACAUUUCAUGAGUACUUGAUAGUGUGCUUGACUUGUUUAAUCAUAAAUAAACUGUUAGCUCAAUUUUGAUUAACAUAAGAUAACAUGAGUAUAACAUAAAAAACAAACAUUAUUUUAAUAUUUAAACAUCCCAAUAAAUUCCUACUGAUUACUUUAUUGUAUGCACUAUACAUUUGACUUAUGAGAGUUAUUAUAAAUGACAACAUUUAUAUUUAAUCUAGACUUUAAUGUUUGUAAUUCAGGUUGUGUUUAUUCUGAAUGACUUUCGCUCCGCGUGAGUGUUUACGGUGCUGCUGUAGCAAGUGUAUUUAACAUCCAACGCAUGUUUAAAACAAAUGUAACAUUUAUAUUUUAUUUUAAAAAUAGCUGAACAUCAAUUAGGCUUCUAUAAAAAUGAUAUAAAAAGUGUCCAUUCUGUGAUCCCAACAGUAACUUAAACUACCUGCUUACUGUAUAUCGUUGUGCUCUUUUCAGACUCCAUUAAA